AUGUUCUACCAUGUCCAUUUGCUCAUCAACAAGCGGGGGCCGCUGGCCAAAAUCUGGCUGGCUGCCCACUGGGAGAAGAAGCUCACCAAGGCGCAUAUCUUUGAGUGCAAUUUAGAGAUGACCAUACAAAAAAUCCUCUCCCCAAAGUUUGCUAUAGCUCUGCGAACCUCUGGACACUUACUCCUGGGGGUGGUACGGAUUUACCACAGGAAAGCAAAGUACCUCUUGGCAGACUGCAGUGAAGCUCUGACCAAAAUGAAGACAGCCUUUCGACCAGGCCUUCUUGACCUUCCAGAAGAGAACUUUGAGGCUGCUUAUCAGUCCAUUACAUUACCUGAAGUAUUUCAUGAUUUUGAAGCACCACUACCAGAUGUAAAGGCCAUUGAUGUUGCUGAACAUUUUACCUUGAAUCAGAGCAGAGCUGAAGAAAUCACACUCACAGAGGAUUAUGAAAGCAGUAUACUUCUCUGUGAUAGAAACUUUGAUGAAGAAGCAGAUGCACUGAGGAGACAGAGCUUCUUUGAGGGCAGUGUCCUGACAAGCAGUAACAGUCUGGUGGCUGAUCCCAACUCAGCCAGCACCAGCGGAGACAAAUCUGUGCUGCACGAAGAUGUUUACUGCUUCCAGGAUGACCGUUUUGGGGAUGAGGACGAUGCUGCAGAUAUGAUUGAAAUCCUGUUGAGGGAUGAGCAAAAUGUCCUAGAUAAAGACAUUCUUGAUGCAGAGGAAGCACAUCCUUUGUCACAAGAUCUGCCAGAGACCAGCACAGCCAUUGAGUCCAACUGUGCAGACACCACCGUAAAGGACGUAAAUCAUACAGUGAGUGAGACAACCCUUUUGUUCCAGGAUGAAGGAUUUCUGCUUGAGCCAGUUGAUGAUACAGCUGUCACCCAGAGGAAAAAAAAACAAAGAAAGAGGAAGCUGAUGGUGGAUGCGGAGAGCGAGCUCAGCUGCCACACCAUUUACAAGCAGCUCAAUGACUGCACAGACCUCCUGACCACGCUGGACCUUGCUCCCCCAACCAAGAAAGCAAUGAUGUGGAAGGAGUGGGGAGCUGUGGAUAAACUCCUGUUCCAUGCUUCACAGCCUGAGAUUCAUACUCAGCUGCAAAAGUUGUUUGAAAAAAGCUUCAAGGCUGACAGAUUUAAGAUGAGAGCAAAUGGAAUACAGAAGACGUCUGAAAUGAAAGAAAUGAGAAAAGAGCAAGAUACUACAGAGAUGCUGCCAGUAGAAGAGCCAAGUUACCUGCAGGAACCAGCUCAUUCUGAGACUGAGAGAAAAAUUAGAAAUGAUUCCUUUAUAUUGACAUCACAGAGUGACAGAAAUGAAACCAAUGAGAACUGUGGUGAAAUUAUAGAGAACGGAGCAGCUUUUUCUGAGAGCUCAAAAAAUUCCCUGGGCCAGGAAGAUGAAGCACAGCAGGUGGAGGUGCCAAAGGAGCAAACAAGGACCAGGAAAGACAGUGAAGAAAUAAGAUGGGGCAAAAGAACUCUUCGGUUACAAAAAACUUUACAGCAACUGAAGAGAUCAGGUGUGUGUUCCUUCAGUUUCCAGGAGCUCUGCCAGAGAAACAACCGGAAAGAAGCUGCAGCCAUGUUUUACCUCUUUCUGGUGCUGAAGAAGCAGCAGGUCCUUGAGCUGCAGCAGCAUGAGCCCUUUGCUGACCUCACAGCCACUGCUGGACCCAUGUUUAACAAGAUCAGAUAA